AUGAAAUUUUUUUUUUUUUUUAUUAUAGUUUACUGUUUUUCUAGUUCAUUUUACUUGAUAAAAUCAUCUCCCAAUGAUAGAAAUAAAAUAAAUAAAAAUAAUAUACCCGUUCAACGUGGCGCACCAAAUUUAAAAGAUAUAAAUGUACAUAAUGUUGAAAAAAAGACAAAUAUAGAAAGUGUAAAUAAUAAUAAAAAUAAUAAAACAUGUUCUAGAAAUUUAAAUGUGAACAAGGUGGAUAAUGCCAUACAAACAGGGGUAAAUAAAAAAGGGGAAACCAAAAAUGAAGAGGUUAAAAAGGUUGAGAAGGAUAAUGAUGAAAAGGAAGAGGAUGAAUAUGAAGAGGAUGAAAUGAAAGAAGAUGAAAUGAAAGAAGAUGAAAUGAAAGAUGAUGAAAUGAAAGAUGAUGAAAUGAAAGAUGAUGAAAUGAAAGAAGAUGAAAUGAAAGAAGAUGAAAAUGAAGAGGAUGAAAUGAAAGAUGAUGAAGAAAAUGAAGAUAAUAAAAAUAAUAAAAAUGACUAUAAUGAGAAAAAGAAUGUCAAGGUUGAAGUAACUGCAGAAAAAAAAAAUAAAGAAUUCCAAGAAGAAAAAAAAGAAUUGAAAAAAAUGAAUGAAAAAAAUACAAACAAGGAAGAAAUAAAAAAUAAGAAUAAAGAGAAUACUUUCGAUUUUUAUAAAAAUCUAAACAGUUCAUUCAACCAAAAUAAAAACAUGAACAAUAAUAAUAAUAAUAAUAAUAAUAAAACAUUUAUUGAGAAGAAAGAAGAAUCUAUAGACAUGAAGAAGCCACGUUGUUCAAAUAACAACAAAAUGUGUAACUACAACAAUAUGAAUAAUCAAAUGUCAACAAAUAAAAAUAACAAUCAAAUAUUUCAAGAAAACAAAAAAGAUGUAAAUAUGUCUGUAGAUAAUUUGAAAAAUGAAGAAAAUGAUAAUAAAAAGAAUGAUGAUAAUUAUAAUGAAAAAAAUAUAUAUGAAGAAAGAAAUCAAAAAAUAUUGCUUAUCCAUUUAUUAAAGAAUAUAAAAGAAUUAUUAAACAGACAAAGACAAAAUUUUAAUAAUUUCUUAUCAUUCUUAAGUGAAAAUUAUCAGAGUUAUGAAAAAUUUAACAAAUCACAAAAAUAUAAAAAUAAUCAGAAUUAUAUGGAUAAGUUAAAUGAGCAAGGGCAACUUAAAAAUGUUACUGUAACAAGUCAUUCUUUUAUAGACAUGAGCAAACAAGUGAACGAUAAGAAGAAUAAAAAUGGUGUAUUUGUAAAUCUGAUGAGUGAUCAGAAUGAAGAUGGUGAUGACACAAAUAAAGGUGAUGACACAAAUAAUGGAGAUGACACAAAUAAAGGUGAUGACACAAAUAAAGGUGAUGACACAAAUAAUGGAGAUGACACAAAUAAAGAUGAUGACACUAACAACGGUGAUGAUGACAGUGGAAAAAAAUCACACGACAUAUCAGAUAUUAAAAACAUUAUAGAUAGCAUACUCCAAUCUGAUGAUAUAACUGAUGAACAAAAAAAAUACUUAGAGAUCAUUAAAAAAAUUUUAGAUUUAGAAGAGGAUGUAUUAAAUAAAGAAAAGGAACAAUUAAAAUUAAACAAAAAUAUUAUUGAAGUAUUAAUGGGUAAAUCAGAUGAAUUAAGAAAUAUAGCUGUAACAUUAAAAAAUGGAAAUGGUGAGAAUGAAAGUUCUCAACGUGUAGAUUUAGCUCAAAAUAUUGUAUCAAAUUUAUUAAAUUUUUCAGUUCAAUUAAAAAAUACUGGUAAUAUAGUUUAUAAUAAUAUACAAGGACAAGGAGAAUUACUACAAUCUAUUGAAAAAAAUAUUGAUCAAGCUGAAAAUGACCUUAAAAAAAGUGCAACUGUUAAUACUACAUUUAUACCUAAAAAUAUAUCAAAUAUAGAACAAAAUGAUCAAGAAACACAAACUGAUGAUGAUAUAAACGAUUCUGAUAUAGAUGAAAAUGAUAUGAAUGAUAAUAAUAAAUGUCAUAUGUAUAAACAAAAUAACUGUUCAAUGAAAAGAAAAAAUAAAUGUAAGAAAUAUUUCUUAAAUUCACAUUAUAAUAAUUUUAUAUGUAACAAACAAAAAAAAUAUAAUAAAAAUAAUAUAGAAAACAAACAAAAAGAUAACAAAAAAUUUAAAUUAAACGAAUCCAUGAAAAAUCAUUUCUAUAACAUUUUUAUUAAAGAAACGGUUAUGUUGAAAAAAUUAUACAAAGUUUUAUUUGAGCUUUUUUAA